CGCAUCUCUAUAAUAAAAUUCACUUCUCCCGAAAAUGGCGAAACAAAAGACCUCUCAAUUGCUUUAACACAAGCACACACGGACCUCUCUCUCUCUCUCUCUCUCUCUCUCUCUUCUCAUUUCAUUGAACACAAGCACACAGUCACAGACACAGUGAGCUCACUACUUUUUGGAGAUAGAUGAUGGCUUCAUCGUCCUCUCAGCCCUUGAAAAUUGAGAAAUUGAGCUCCAAUGCCUUUCCUCAGCCUCAGCUUUCAACUCAGCCUCUGCUUCAGCCUCAGUCUCAGCCUCAGCCUCAGCCUCAGUCUACCUCUUCUUCUUCGUCCUCUCAACCCUUGAAAAUUGAGAAAUUGAGCUCCAAUGCCUUUCCUCAGCCUCAGCUUUCAACUCAGCCUCUGCUUCUGCCUCAGCCUCAGCCUCAGUCUACCUCUUCUUCGUCCUCUCAACCCUUGAAAAUGGAGAAAUUGAGCUCCAAUGUCUUUCCUCAGCCUCAGCUUUCAGCUCAGCCUCUGCUUCAGCUUCAGCCUCAGCCUCUGCUUCAUCCUCAUCCUCAGCCUCAGCCUCAGCCUCAGUCUACCUCUACCUCUGCAGCACAGUACUCUUCUUCACGCCUUUCAGAACCAGUGAUGCACAAGAACCGCCUGCAGGAAUACACACAAAGGUUGGGCAUUCAGAUGCCAAUGUAUAAAACUAGAAAUGAGGGAAUGCAACAUGCGCCAAAGUUUAGAUCAACAGUGGAAGUGGAUGGAUGCAUCUAUACCUCUCCAAACACUUUUUCGCUUAGAAAAACAGCCGAACAAGACGUUGCCAAACUUGCAUUGGAGCACAUAUUAAAGAAGAUAAAGGAUGAAGGAUGUCCUCAUAUUCAUGAGGAUAAGAUAUUUUGCAAGUCUAUCCUCAAUGAGUUUGCUGUCAAGAUGAACCUGGAGAAGCCUACUUACAAUACUGUUAAGCUAGAACGAGAAGGGUUCCUUCCAGUUUUCAUGUCUACUUUGGUUUUCAACGGUUUAUGUCAUACUGGUGAACUUGGUAGAAACAAGAAAGAAGCUGAACAAUUGGCAGCACGUGCUGUUAUUAUUUCUCUUUUGGGUAAUUCUGGGUUGGGAACGGUUCUUUCUGAGAUAAUCAAGUCUAAAGACAAACUCUAUGCUGCAUUGCAUAAAUUGAAGGAUACAAGCCAUGCGAAUAUCAGUGCUGUACCCCAGGCUGUUGGAGUUAGUAUAGGACAAGGUUCUGGGCAAGUUAGCCGUGAACUCAUUUUAUCAAAACCUGAACCAUCUCAAGCAGUGAAUUUGCCAAUUGAAUUUGUGCCUGCUGUGUUACCAGAGCCUUCAGAUGUAGGUCCAAGUUCCUUGAAGAAGCGCCGCAAGAAUAAGAAGAAACCUAACAAGAAAUUGCGGUCUGACACUCAGUUGUCAAUUGCCGGCUUUCCUAUUACUCAAGCCCCAAUAACUCAAGCUCCACCCUGUUCGGUAGCCCAAUAAAGAAACUUGCUCUUAUGUGUAUGAAUUGUGUAUAUAUUUAGUUUAGGUUGGCUUAAAGCUGUCAUAUUGGGUUUAGUAAGAAAUUAAUCUCUCCCCAUUUUAUGCUUUGGAAACUUGCUCUGUAGUGUAAGUGUAUAUAUUUUGUUUAGGUGGAAUCAAAGCUCUCAUUUUGAGUUUUGUUAGGCAUUAGUCCCUCUCUGUUUUAUGCUUUGUAAUUAAAAUACUUUAUAUGGAUCUGUGUACCUGUUACUAUUAUGGAAAAACCUGCCACAUCAUGUGGUUGCAUCUUGCUAAUUUUUUUGUU